AUGCUUAAGUUAACUUCCAGAGUGGGUCCAAAGAGACUCUCAAGUGGAUUAAAAUCUUCUAGUUUCAAAGUGAAUGCAACAAUAAUUUCUAAAAAGUUUCAAUCGUCACUUAACUCCAAGCCUAAUGAGGUGUACACCAAGCUUUCUGAUUCCGAAGAUCCAAAAAGGCACCAAUUUUUCCAAUAUACUUGGGGUUCAUGGAUGAAAAAUGAUCAAUCCGAAAAAUCUAAAAGAGAAACCAAAUUUUCGAUUGAAGGUAUUACAAAAUUAUUGCAAGACUUGAAUGUCGAACUGAAAAAUCAAAGAAAUAUUGACAAGAGUGGCGAACCUUUUGUUAAAGCUCCUAGUCAAUUAAAGGAUGGCUCAUAUGUUUUGACGCAGAAUUUGACCUCUAACUUAAUUGGUAAAGAAGAUUCGUUAUUGGUGAAGUCUAUUGCUAGUAUUCAUGAAGGUAAGCAUAACAGAAUCUAUAAAGUUACCUUAUCUACUGGAAAGGAAUUAGUGUUGAGAAUUCCAUAUAAGUUAGAAUCUGAAUACUCUAUUUCCCAAAAGAUUAAGAGUGAAGUUGCAACAAUGGAUUUCUUAAAUUUAAAAUUGGGUGCAAAUGUUCCAAAGGUUGUUGCUUAUGGCGCAAACAAAGUGAAUUCCUUACAAAGCCCAUUUAUUUUAAUGGAACAUAUUGAAGGUGAUUUAUUGAUGAAGCAAUGGGACCCAUUAGUAGCUGAUGAGACAGAAGGUUCCCAAGAAAAAUUAAAAUCGGUUAUUGAACCAAUUGCAGCAUUUCAAGAGAAGUUGCUUUCAAUCACAUUCAAUAAGUUCGGGUCCUUAUACUUUAAUGACGAUGUAAGUGUUACCGAUCAGUCUUCGUUACCAUACAAUGGAGAGGAAAACCCAUUACUCACAAAGAGAUGGAGAAUUGGACCAAGUGUUGAAAAGUCUUUCUCAAAAAAUAAGAAUCAAUUAUCUGAAAAGGAAAUUAAGCAAUAUAGUAGGUCUAUAGAUGCUGAUAAGCCAUUAGAAACUAUCACAUCUAUCGCAGGUAUUGAAUUAGAGAAUUUGAGAAAUAGAUUAGCUUUAGCACAAGCUGAUUCAGGUAAUAAGGUUGAAAAUGUCGAGUUAAUCCAAAAGAUGAUUGCAACUUUUGAGAACUUGAAAACAAUGAGUACAAAAUUGUUUAACCCUAAUUCUCAAUCUCUUAUGAACGCUGAGGAAUUAUUCAAGCCAAGAUUAUACUGCCCAGAUUUAGACCCAUUGAAUGUGAUUCUCAACUCCAAUAAAAAUAACGAGCCAUAUUUCGUUGAUUUUGAAUAUACUUCUAUUAAACCAUUUAUCUUGUCUAGCUACCCUUCAUUUGUUGGCUAUCAAGGUGCAAAAAUCUAUAACUUAGAAGAAGAUAUUCCAGGUUACAGUGAAAUGGAUGAAGUUGAAAAGCAACAAUACCAAUUCAUGUAUUACAAAACCAGAAACGAAAGAUUGUGGGAACUUGAAUUAAAUUCAAGGAAACAUGACUUGAUUGCCGUUGCUUCUCCACACGUUAAAGUCUUGAAAAGCCCUUACGUCCAAGCCUUGGAUUUCAAGAAUGAUAAAGAUUAUUUGUAUAUCGAAGGUUCUAUUGUUCAAUUACAAGCAAUGUGGGAAGCCUACGUUGCCAAUGAAUUGUGUAAUGCCACUGAAACCGAAUUUCCAAUCGCGUUCACUGCAGAAUACUUAGAUGAGCAUCAAAAGGACAUAGAAGACUACCAAAUGGAAAUUGUAUCUACCCCAUUUGCUGCAACUAGCGGAUGGGUGCCACAAGACAUGUUCGAUAGCUUGAAAGAACAAGGAAUAAUUGUUGAAACUGAGAAUGGUGACUUCAAAGUGGAAACAGAAAAUGUUUUGAAGGAAUCUGAAUAA